CUGUUGUUGAUCGAUAAAAAAAAAAUUAAUUGAAAUUCAUCAUUUUAUCAAUUUAUCAACGUCAGUGUUUCUCCACUUUUAUCUAUCUCUAUCUCUCGUUAAACGAAACGAAAAAAAUGGAGAUUAGAAAUAAUAUACCUUUUAAUAAUUUAAGUCCAAAUGAAUUGUUAAUGGCAUCAACAGUAAAUGGUAAUGGUCAAUCACCAAUGUCAUCAUUAAUGAUAAGACAACCGCAACCAGUUAUGUUACCGCCAAUGAUACCACCAGUAUUACAAGCAUUAUAUAAUUAUUGUGCACGAAUAUAUCCUGAUCAACCGAAUCCAUUACAAGUAUCAGCUGUUGUUAAAUUUUGGCUUGGCGGACCAGAUCCAUUGGAUUAUAUAUCAUUAUAUUUUAAUAAAGGUGAUGACGAUAAUGGUAUACCACCACAUUGGCAUUAUAUUAGUUUUGGUCUUAGUGAUUUACAUGGUGAUGGUCGUGUUCAUCGUGCAAGCGAUGCAUCAACACCAAGUGGAUUUGGAUUUGAAUUAACAUUUCGUUUGAAAAAAGAACCCGAUGAAACAAGUCCACCAACAUGGCCAGCAGCUGUAAUGCAAGCAUUAGCUAAAUAUGUAUUUCAAACAGGAAAUAUACUUUGUGCUGGUGAUCAUGUAUCAUGGCAUUGUUCAUUGGAUAAUAGUGAAUCACGUAUACAACAUAUGCUUAUGACUGAAGAUUCACAAUUAGGAACCGUUACGACAGUAUUUGGUUCGGUAACAUUUAUACAAAUUGUUGGUGUUUGUUUGGAAGAAUUACAAGCUGCACAACAAUGGAAUGGUUUAGGUGUUAUUGAUCUAAUGAAAAGUGUAGCGAAUGUUGGCAAUGCAUAUCUGAUUACCGAUAUGAGACGUGGUGAAACAAUAUUCGAAAUUGAUCCCGAAUUAAGAGAAGCUGUUGAUGAUGGUAUUGCUACACAAGGAUCAAAUCUUAGUGGUGUUAGUGCACGAUGUUCAUUUUCAACUUCGAAAAAAAACGACGACCAUGAUAUCGAUGAAGAUAAUGAUGAUUUGAAAAAGGAAAAAACGAAUGACAACAAUGACGAACAAAAAACAACGACAUCCAACAACAAGGAAGAAGAUAAUGAUGCUUCUACCUCCGCCGCCAAUAAUCAAAAUGAUAAUAAUAAUUUGUUAACAGAACAAAAUUGUCGUACAACAAGUCGCCAUUCAUCAAUGUCUGUUUCACAUGAUCGUAAUUCACGGAUGUCAUAUGCCAGUGAAACCGGUAAUAAUGAACCGUUUGAAUUAAUGCAAACAAAAUAUUUCGAUAAUAUUCAUUUAAAAUUCAAUUAUGAAGCUGGAGUUUUACUUCCAUUGGCAAUUAGAGGCCGAUUAAAACACGGAAGACAUUUUACUUAUAAAAAUAUACAAGGUGAUUUGGCCAUUACAUUUGUAACGACAGCAGUUGCCGGUGCCUAUGUUAAUCGUGAACAACCAUAUGCAUUACAUGGACCAUGGCUACAGAUAUUGAUACCUGAUGAACAAUUAGAUUCAAUACUUUCUGAAUUGGAAAAUAUUGAUUAUUUAGACAAGGAAAGUUUGCCCAUUACAUAUGAAUGGGAACAAAUUCAUCUAUCAAUUACAUUACAGCCAGAGGAAUGAAC